AAUUAUUAAUUCAUACAAAAAAAAAAUCAAGAAAGUUCUGACCUCUAACGACCACGUAACUAACAAGCACGCUUCCCCAAUAUUCCCGUAACGAACUUCUCAAAACCGCUCCGUUCUCUCCCUCUCCCUCACUCUCACUCUCACUCGCGCGCUUACAUAUAAAUACCACUGCACCUCCUCACUCGCUUCAUUUCCCGCUAUAUUCACUCUGAAAUCGAAUCAUCACUUCUUCCAUUUUCUCUCCACCAUGGAAAACUCAUCUUUCUCUCGACGAUUCGCGCUCCUCUGCGCCGUCUCCUUCGCCGCCAUACUCUGCAGCCCCAAGGUCACCGCCACCAUCGAAGGAUUCGAAGCUCCCUUCGCUCCCUCAACUCCUCCACCGCCUCCGCCCGAUAUCCACGAUCACUCGUUCUUCUCCCACACCGCUAUCCUUCCUCCGAUCUUGUCUCACCUCGGCUUCCACGAGCUCGCGACGGCCGCGCCGUCUCUCUCCGACGCCGCUACCACUGGUUCCGUUGCCUGGACCGGUCCUUCCACUAUCUUCGCUCCCUCCGACGCCUCUCUCCGCACAUGCUUCUCGUGCUCCGUUCCAAACCUCCUCCGCGAACACAUCGUUCCCGGCCUCUUCACCAUCGAUUAUCUCCGGAAACUCGCUUUCGGCACUAAGAUCGAGACCUUGAGUCCAGGCCGUUGCAUCACCGUAACCUCCGAUACGCUUCAUCGGAACACGAACAACACCGCCGCGAAGGUCUUCGUCGGAGGAGUGGAGAUCACGCAACCGGAUCUGUUCAACAACGGCAUGGUCGUAGUUCACGGCCUUCAAGGUUACGUCUCUCCGUUAUCUCCGUUCUCUUGCGACGUGGAGAGGAUGAACUCGCUCUCGUUUCCGUUCCAUCCAGAUCACCGAUCCGGUCACGCUCAGCACCAUCUCCACCACUCCAACAGCGCCACGGUGCAGCCUGCUGCUAUGAUGCGCCUGAUGCUCCGAGAUGCGAUGCUGAGGCUCCGCAACAACGGCUUCGGCAUCCUCGCCCUCGCGAUGAAGGUGAAGUACGCGGAGCUCGUGACGCUCAACAACAUGACCGUGUUCGCCGUCGACGACCUCUCCAUCUUCUCCGGUUCGCACGCGUACAUCGGCAACGUCAGAUUCCACAUCGUGCCGAACCAUUACCUCUCCAUCGCAGAUCUCGAGAAGCUUCCGGUCGGAACUGCUCUGCCGACGCUGGAGAGAGGCCAGUCGCUGCUCAUCACUACCUCCGGCAGAGGAGAGACCUUGGCGCCGAUGAGGAUUAACUACGUUAGGGUUAAGGUCGCGGAUGUGAUUCGCAACGUGAAGAUCGUGGUGCAUAGUGUGUAUUUGCCGUUUCCACAUAUUAAUCCUGUGGCUGCGGCUUAUGACAGUAUCUUAGGCGGUGGUGAAGGAGCGUCGGAAGGAGCGGGGAAUAUUGCAGAUUCUGCAGAUCAGACGACGCAAGGGACGUGUUCUGUCGUUGACGGGCGUGGAAGUUGCGUCUUGCCUACGAUGCCUGAUCAGGUUCAGGUCAAGCCAAUGGUGGAGAUCGAAGACCACCAUGGCCUGUGAAUAAUGCCAUAUAUUCAUCCACGAUUAUCUUUUCUGAAGUGAAACUUUGUCACAUUUGUAGUUAGUUCACUCUGUUCUCUUUAGUUUGUCAGUGUAUGGUGUGAAAUGCAGUGUUGUUUAGUUUGAGCGCAUGUUUUGUAUUCAGCAUAGUCAAUACUGUUGACUGUUGUUCUUCAAUAGAAAAAUGUUGACUUAAACUUCACA